AUGAAAAUCGACAUGAAAACAGUGCGACCUUCACAUGCAGAUAUUGUCAGUACAUUUAAAUUUCCUCGAUGUGUGCAACUUAUCGACUAUAUCAAGUCUGCUCCGGAUCGCAAAGCAUUUUUGGAGCGGUUGGCAGAAGUUCAUGAAUGGCAGCCGCAUUUCGGAAAAUGUGAAAUGGCAAGAUGGUCAGAUGUUCUUAACAUGUGUGAUGAUGUGUUGAAAGAUGCUGUAACAAAUAGCUCAGCGCCAGGUGAACCGAUGGCCAUUGAUGAAAAUCCUUCUUUGAUUGCAGAUGUUACAUCUGUUCUUUCCUUUACUGCUUUACUCUUUGAAAAUACCUUCACUCGUGCAGUCUACAGUUCCACCGAUCGGUUGUUGAAAUUGCUGGAUUCCGGUAAUAUUGAGAUUGUCGUGGAGGCUUUACGGCUAUUUCUAGUUAUUAGUAAACGUUCAAGAUUUCUUUCUCAACAUCUCAGCGAUGUCCAACAAAAAAAUCUCACAUUUCGACUUUCUGCAAUCGCUCAGUGCUGGAAUGGAAAACUUAAAAGCAUAAAAAUGGAUGAAUGUUGUACUACAAAUAUUCGUCCCUCUGCUCUCCUACCGAUCGGAUUCCAAGCAGAUACCAGCAUUCUCGUCCGUGUAGUAUAUCUGGAUAAAAGUUUUGCGGAUGAAUUGGGAAGUUUGCUCUCUAAUAAAGUAAUUGAAGAGAAUGAACGUGCAUCUUUGAUAGCACGUUUACGCUUAGUACGAUCAUUCAAUACAUCUCGUGGUCGAAGAUUGAGCGUCAUUGCUCGUCUUCUUUCGUUGUCAAUAUUAAUUUACACGCGUAGUGUAGUAGAAGAAUGGACAAUGAUGGCGAUGCUUCAUGAUGGCCUUAUUGAAGAUGUCACUGGUUUACUUCUUAUCAGUAAUACAAAUGAAUUAAUUCUUGACGCAGUCAAAACUGAAGCACUUCGCGCUUUAACUAGUAUUGUUUCACUUGGCAGACCUGCAAAGUUGAAUUCAAUAGUGGAAUCUCUUGGAGUGAAUUCGUAUCAUGGUUUUUUGGCUCGAAUGACACGUCAAUGUGUAGAGGAUUUACGUUGUGGAAGGAUUGGAAAUGGAUAUACAACAGUACCAUUCUGCACAGCUCUGUUUUCUUUGCUUUACCAUCUUGCUGGCUUUGAAAGCGGAGGUGAAGCAUUAGUUUCUUGUGCUUUAACGGAGACAUUACUCGGCGUGGUAUCUUGUGAAUCAUUGCCAUUAGAACUCAUCACAUUUGUAACACGAGCUGUUCGUGUUAUCGACAUCAUGACUUCCUUGGAUGCUAACGGCUUCAUAUCAUGCAGUGGAAUGAACAUAAUUGUGCAUCGUCUUAUUUUCGACAUCAAUAUAUGCAUGAAACAUCUAGCAGAAUUAAGUGCUGCUGGACCAACAACAGAGCAGUGCCAUCAGCAGCGUGCUGCACUAAUUAAAUCAUUGUUGAAUUUUAUCAAAAGAGCUAUUCAGGAUACACAGUUUGCUGAUAGUGUUCGACACAUUAUGGAUGGGGGCUUACCAAUUGCAUUAAUGCACAUUGUGACAAAUUGUGGAUUUUUCGGUGCAUCGCUAUUUCAUAAUGCCGUUAGUUUGAUCACAAAUUUUAUCUAUCAAGAACCCUCGUUUCUCGCUUCGUUGCAAGAUAAAGGUGUAACAGAUGCUGUAUUGAAAGCAAUAUUCCGUCAGGAGUUGCCUACAUCUCGAGACGUGAUUGCUGCUUUGCCAAAUACUUUCACUGCUCUUUGUUUAAAUGAUCGUGGGCUAAAAAAUUUUUUGGAGGAAAAUCCAUUCGAUCAUUUCUGUAACAUUUUUGUGUCAACGAAAUAUAUUUAUGCGAUGAAGUGUCGUCGUAACGAAAUGAAUGAAGUAGCUUUGAAUUUGGGCACAUCUCUCGAUUCUUUUUUGCGCCAUCAUCCAACUUUGCGUGAAAAAUUUCUGACUUCGCUGACUAAAAAGUUCAAUAAAUUACUGGAGCUUGCUUCUUCUGAUUCACCACGCUGCGUCAUGUCUUUCACUUCAUGCCGUAACUCUCAAACAAUGAUGGCAAAUUUUUCGAGAGCAGUAGCAAGAUCCUCUCCUAGCCGAGAAGACGAAAAUAUAAUAGUAGACAAUGUUGCUUCUGAUGAUGAUGAAGAUGAUCCAACGGCAGCUGUUACAACUAUGGAAAAACUACAUAGAGCUGGGAGUAAUUCUUUUCAAUCUGAUCUUGGUCUGUCAUUGUCCAUAGUAUGCGACGGAAAGCCAAUUGUUCCCCUCGGUGAAUAUUUGCUGAACAUUGGAAAGUUUUUGGAAACACUGUUAACUCAUAAUGCUUCUUCUGAACAUGCUGAUGCUUUCAUGCAUUCUGGUGCUGCGGAUAAAUUACUUUCCAUGUUGUACGUUCGACAGAUUCCAUUAGAAUUGGCACAAUCGCUCUUCCCACAACUUGUCAAUAACAUAUUGCGAUUUCUCUUCCAACAUGCAAGAAAUAGUGAUGUGAUGAGUUUGGUCGCGAACAGAUUAAACGCGUUUUGUAUGGAUUUUCUCUCCUCAUGCAAAACAAGCAAAGAUCCUCUCAAGCCAUCAUUAAUUAGAAUCAUUUAUUCUGAUUUCUCACUUGCAAAUAUUUGCGCGAUCUCCGUUCUUUGUACAAUUCUGUGCAGCUUGUCCAAAACUGCUUUAGGAAGCAACACAGCUGCAAAAACUGCUAUUCUCAGAUUCUGGACAAAUGAAGGCUGUAGGCUUUUGUCAUCCUGUACUCAUUCCCAGAGAGUGAUUGUUUGGGAAUCCGCUGUUCUACAAGUUUAUAAUACGGUUAACAAGUGUACAGCUUUCACACAAACAGAUAGUGUUGAAAAGAGCGCACAGGCAGAUGAUAGUAAUGAAUCUUCGAGGCGAAAUGCUGUUGGUACUGAGAGUGUACCGCAACGAAUGGCCCGACCAAAAUACUUGCUCGAUGACUUUUGGCUUCGUUCGAAGUCGGGAACCAGCGCUUUAAGUCGAUUCAAUCGACACUGUACUGAAUUACUGAUGAUGCUUACGAAAAUUGCUAUUGGUGGAAUGACAAGGACAAGAAGAAUGCAUGGGGCUGAGGGUGGUACGCCUUGUGAAAAUGCUGUACAACUAGCGUUGCAAAUUAUGAAAAGUUUCCAUCAGGCUUUGGAGUGGAAACCUCACAACGACGAUGACCUUACUAUAAUGUUGCCAUAUCUGGCAGUUUGCAUCAAUAAUCUCAGUAACGUUCUUUUUGAUGAACGCAAAAGUCCAUAUCAUCUGAUGCUAUCAGCUUUUUAUCGUACUGGUACUCACGAUACUUUCUUCGGCAUUAUUACGAAUUAUUUUGGAUCUAAUCGUGUUAAUAGUUAUUGUGUCGAGAUGGGACAGUUCCUACAAGCAUGGUUGUCUCUAACGGAACGACUAGUCAAUGCUUACACUUUUCUUCAUUCACGCUACAAGAUAUCAGAUCGAUUUGCUGAAGCAAAACGUUUCCCAACUGAUAAAUACUUGGCUAAAUGCCAGCAGGAUGCUUUUCGACAAGCUAAUAUUAUAUUCAAUUUACUGUCAUCGUUGCCUUUAAAUGAUGCCGUCAAUUUGAACAUUUGCGAUAUGGCAGUUUCUGUAUUUCGUGAAGUAGUGAAAGGAAUGGUCCCCUUAACCGAAAAGCAGAAACAUACUGCUAUUGCAACUUCUGAAGAUCGCAAAAAAUUGGAAGCGGAGUUAGAUGAAGGGAAUAUUAAUCUUUUGGUUGAUAUGGGAUUUGAUCAUGAUGCUGCAGUCGAUGCGCUACUUGAGUACUCAACAGUACCGGAAGCUGCUGAAUAUUUGAUUGCAACAGAUGGUUUAGGCAGACUUCGGCAGUCAGCUGACGAAAGACUUGAAGCAGACGAAAAUGAUGGAGAUGAAGGAAGUGGUGGUAGCCAUAGCAAUGAUUUAAAUGUGGAGUUUGAAGAUGUCCUUCUCAAAGAGCCUAUUGGAUUAAAUGAAGUACCUCCUCUUGAUACUCGUCUUGUGUUGUCAACGCUAUGCAAAGAUAUUAUUCCAGUGCUCUUGAAGUUGAUGGAGCAUGGAACAGAACUUGUAUUUAGUACAUCAGAGAUUUUACUGGCAAUUUUCAAUGAAGUUGAUGAUGACUGGAGGAAAAAUAUUCUUAUUGGUGAAUAUCUGGUGCAAGAUAUCCUUUUGAUGGUAGAUGAGUUGCGAUGCAAUCAGUCAGACGAAGAAACCAUUAUUUCCCUUGCAACUCGCUUACAUUUUGUAUGCUUGCUGUGGCCUAGUAUUUCUACUGCAUAUGUAGCACUCUUUACACAAUAUCGUCUACAUAGUGUCUUGAUUUCUGUUUUGGACAUGAUUGGAAUAUACUGUGAAAGGAAACCUAUUUUUAUGAAGCUCAUCGCACCAGUAUGUUUAUGGCUUGAUUUGUAUGAUAAGAUGUUCAAGUUAUCUGAUAGCAAGGAUAAAGUUGAAAAGGCUGUUGAUUCCUAUGCGUGGAAAUACUGGGAUAGCGACGAUAGAAGCAAUACGUUUUCUUGGAUUAGUUAUCCCCCUGCAGCUUCGCAUACACUCACAAACGCCUUUCUCAGUGGUCGAAGAAAUUGUAGUGUAAGCGUAGGUGGUCGCUGUUGCACUGUUGACUUUCCAUCGAUGAGUCAUCGCAACGUUGAGUCUCAAAUUGAGCGACCAAUUACUAUUACUGGCAGACUGAAGAAAGGAAUUUUAUUAUCUGAUAUACUUGCUGAGAGCAGCGAGCUAGAAGAGUGGAAUCUUAUGAUACGCGAAAGACUUGUGCCAUCUAUAAUUGCUCUCCUUGAUGUGCCAGUUGUAGAUGCAAAUUCAAUCCAUGCAAUAUUCAUAUUAACUGCACGUAUUACGAGAGACUUUGCGAUUGCAAGGGAAUUUUUACAGCAAGGUGGUGUGCAAACAGUGAUAAAUGCACCUGGUUCAACUGUGCCAGCUUCUACACUCUUUGUAGCUCUGAUCAUUCGUCAUUGUCUUGAUGAUGAAGUAGCUGUACGGCAGACUUUUGAAAAGACAGUGCGUACAAUUGCUGCAGGCAAUUAUAACAUUCAUCCUCCUUUAGCAAGAUGGAAUCAUGUCAGGGCACCACAAACUACACGUGAUUGGUUACAUGCACUACGUGCUCUUUCUCCUCUGUGUGCACGUCAUCCAAAGAUUUUUGCCGCGACUAUGGAACGUGUCACACGGAAAUCAAGAGAUCAGAUAUCUGUUUUGCCCCUUGUUCCAGUUGAUGCCUCUUGUAGGCAGUGGGCUUCCUGCUCACCAAUUAAGCAGGUAUCGUAUACGGUAACUUUUGUUAAUCAAAUCAGUAUUAGAAUGCUUUUUAGAUAUUUUGAUGUUUUGAUGCAUUUGUUGAAUCAUACACUAGACUUUCAUUGGGAAGAUGAAAAUCGAAUGAUGAAUCGUGCAUCGCUUAUUCGGCUGAUUGCUGAAUUAAUGAAGAGCUAUAGUAUUGUUGCAACGAUUGUUGCUGAAUCGUGUGAUUUUGAUGGGCAACCUUUCAUGGUUGCUCUUCUCAAAAAAUGUUUAGUUUCAAACAGUACUUCGAUUGGCGAUGAUCUCUCGGUCGCUGUGCGAAGCUUUGUGGCUGCUAUAGCAUCAUGCAAUCAUUCAGUAAAAGCUCAAGAAACGCUAAUAUCGAAUAUUAUCUCUUGCCUUCACAUGGUUCUUAGUGAAAAUGAAUCUAAGGUUUCUUACGCUAAGAUAAGGUCCUUGUCCGAUUUGUUUUUGUUGGCACGUGAUUCAUGUCCUGCAGUUCUACAUGAUACGCGGACCUACACAAAUUUAAAUUAUAUUUUACGUUUGAUUGUGAGGAAGCGUGUUUGUAACGAACUAAGCAGAAUUCCAUGGUUUCUGAAUCUAUCAUCGAAAGAAGGGAUAGACACACUUAAUUAUCUAUUGCGGGUAUUAGAGGAGUUGACUCGUACAAUCAAUGGGUUACUUUUUAUUUAUAAUGUGUUUUCAAAUAUAAGUCCUGGACCACUGAACUCUGCGGGAGUAGAAAAUACGUCUAGGGCGCAGUCAGUCUCUCAAAAUGCAUCAGCAUCUGUGACAUUAGUAGCCACAGUAGAGAAUGACGCUUCAGUAACCGUUAGAGCAAGAGGUGAAAAUUCUCACAACGAUCGACAUGUUCGUAAUAGCAACAACACGACAGAUGUUCGCCGUUUUGAAACACACGACGUUGAACGGAACAGAACUGGUAGAACUAAUUUCUGUACAGUUGGUCGUAAUGGUCAAGAUCGUAGCAGACAUCCGAAUGGUAUUGAUGAUUCGAGCGAAAGUGAAGAGGAAAAUGAUGGAGACGAUGAUGAUGUAGCACCUUUGCUUCUAAUUUUGAAAGAUUUUUUUAAGGAUGGUACCGGCCUUAAUGAAAUGGACGUCGAUGAGGAGACAGAUGAUGAACAUGAUGAUGGUAUGGAAGUGAGAAUUAUUUUUCUCAAUCCAGAAGGGCAUGUGAGUAUGGAAGAAGAUGAUUUUGGAAUGGUAGAAAUCGAGCCAGGAGCAUUAUCCCGUUUUGCUUUAGUCGAUAAUGUAAAUUCUGGAUCUGUAGAUCGUUUUGAAGAUGGUGGUUCUGAAGAAAAUUUCGUCAAUACUAACAUAUUUGUUGAAAAUUUGGAUGAUAUAGAUGCUCUUACAAAUGCCACAUUUCCGGGCGCACGUCUCUUUGUAAAUACUAAUAUGGAUGGUCCUCAUUUUGAUCAAGCAUCUGCUGCAAUUACUUCAGCUCAUCCUUUAUUGCAAAGAACCCAACAUGGUGUUAUUGAUAAUAGCAGUAUAGUCCAAAGACCUGCUGGCUAUCGGCUUUUGAUUGGUCAACGUCGUGCUGGUAACGUGAACUCCACAGGUCUGCAUCGGCAAAAUGCUGUACGACGUUGGACUACACUUGGUCCUCAAAGUGAAUUUGUUGAGCGGCUUUUCGAUAGUUCAGGAGCGAAUAGCAGUGGUCAUCUUUUUGACGUUACUCCUUCACGUCAGCGUUUCUUGAACAUUGUUAUGCAAGAUAAUGGCUUAGAAAAUACAACUGCGAUUGUAAGCGAUGAUAGGCGGCAAACAUCGGUUCCACUACCUAUAGAUCGGUUCUCUGAUGCUGCAAGAUUGAUCGAUGGUCAUGCGCAUUUGUAUUUAUGGGUUAUAGUUGCAUCACAUCUCACUGAGGUUAUGGAUGUUUAUGAGAAGAAAGAGGCGCUGGAGAAUAACAAAAAGCUGCAGACUCAGAAAGAUUUGGCUGAAUCAGUUACGCUGAGAGAUGUACCACCGUCAUCAGAUCAUAACAACACGACAAGGCUGUUUAUUGAACAUAUGGAAAGUGUGAGUACCGAUUCGAUUGUCAAUCCAGAGCAGGAGCAAUCUUCGGAAUCUGUCUCUGUUCCCAGUACGCAAACAAAUGUAUCUCAAGAGCCUAUGGAUCAGUCAAAUGCAUUACAAUUUGAUGCACGAGAAAAUCUUGAUAACGAAAAUGAAGCUCAGCACGCAUCGAGCGGCCAGACCGAAAAUGAAGCAGAAGUACAAGAAACCGCUGUCUCAGCGAAUGUUGAACAACAGAACACACCUAAUGUUGAACUUGAAACAGCACAUCAGCAAGAUAAUUUCAGAGACAUAUUAGGAGGCAAAAAACUUAUCGAAUUUCUAUUUUACAUUGAGAUUCCAGAAGGUGUAGAUCCUGCAUUUUUGGCAGCGUUACCUGAAGAUAUCCGUACAGAAGUAAUUCAUGAUCAUAUUCGACAGCAACGCUCACAACGUUUGUUACAAAGUUCGGCAAACAUAGAAGCAGCUGGGCAAGCAAAUGGUGAAAAUGGAUUAGUUGAACCACUUGAUCAAGAAUUCUUAAAUGCGCUUCCUCCAGAUUUGCAGGAGGAGAUAUUAGCACAGCAUGAAAGAACUGUACGAUUAGCUCAAGAAAGGACGGAAAAUAGUAGUGGACCACCCGCAGAUGCUCCAGUUGAGGCAGAUGAUGCUGCAGCAAUAAUUGAGUCACUUCCACCAUCAUUACGAGCACAAGUUCUUGCUGAUGCCGAUGAUACUGUUUUACAAGUUCUUCCUCAAAAUGUAGCAGCGGAGGCACGACGUUUAAGAGCAUCUUAUGAAGCACAGCAGGUUAUGCGUUUCGCCCGUAUGCUAGCACCAACUCAGCGUUUUCGCCCUGCAAAUAGUCGAGGAGGUAUCGGAACAAGUGGUACCACUGCAAUAGGUUCGCUCGCUGGAGUCACUACACUUGCUUCAAAAAAUGCUACUCAGUUACUAGAUCGUGAUACUAUUGUAACCUUAUUACUUCUUUUCUUCAUCGACCCAGCUCGUCUCAAUAGUCAGCGUUUACAGAAGCUCAUCAAAAACAUCUGUGCACACAAUAUAACAUGUGACUUUGUUAUAUGGUGCUUAAUUGCUAUGCUCGAUAAAGUAGAUGAAGACCCUAUUAAAUAUGAAAAUGUUGCGGGCACAGUAUCUGGCUGGUUGGAUCAAAUUUGUGUUCAAAGUGGUGUUGGACAUCAUGAACAGGCUGUUAAAUUCUUCAAAAGUACUAACAUAGUUGUUUUGCAUCCAGCAAUCUUGGCUUCAGUUUGUCACCUUAUAUUAGAGACACUGGCCAGUCUUGCUAAAGCUUAUCCAGGUCAUUUUCUACCUGCAAAAUUACGUCAUUCAGGUGUUCCUUGUAGCACUGGAUUGAGAAUUCCACCUUUUUCACAGUUUUGGGGGAUAGUUCACAGCUUGUCGAAGGCAGAUUUAUCAUCUUCCAGUACAAAUCGGCAAAAUACAUUAGAAAUACCACUCGGACCUGGAAGUGUUAAUGCUAGUAUGGCGGGAUCGUCUCUUGAGGAAAGCGCUAUUGGGAUAUUGAUGGACCACAUUAGACGUCCAGUUAUUGUUUCUUCACCGAUUUUGCAGGACAAAUUAUUGCGCCUCAUUUGUACAAUUGUACAAACUUUGCCAACUGAAACUAUUUCAAAAAUGUCUCUUGAACCAACUCUAGAUCGACCACCACUUGCUGAACAACUUGAAUGCAUUGUUUUGGCUUUAACAGAGGGCGAUUGCUCAGAGGAAGGUCUUGCAGACGGACGCACUCUGUUGUUAGAAUUGAUUCGCGCUCUUACACCAUCUACUAAAUCAUUUAUAAUGACACUUCUUCUAAACGCUGCGGAACGUUUAGGAACUCGGCUUCUGCCAUAUUUUCAGGAACUUGACGAGGAACUAAUGCAAUUCCAUUAUAAAAAAAAUGCUCCACUCAUCGAGCAUCCGUCAUCGGGCUCAAAAGUUGCUAUUAAUCGGUAUGACGAUUCGAUGGUUGUGAUUACGGGAAUGUCGAAUUCACGGAUGGUAGCCAGUUCAUCAGGCUGUUCCGAACUCCAGUUACGAGCAAUAAGACCUUUUACUGAUAGAAAUGGUGUACAGAAUAUGUUUUUAAAGACUCUACAAACAAUUAUAAAAAUCAGACAAGUUAUGCAAUCACAAGCAAGAAAAUUCAGUGAAGUAAACAUGAAUAUUGGAACAGCAGAUCAGGGCGUGUCGGUAAAAAGCAGUGCAGAUGUAGUUGCUAACACUGAAGAAACGAAAACUGCUGAGGUAAAAAAUGCGUUUAGUCAUUCAAUAAUUUUGUUUUUAGUUAAUGUGAAAAAAAAAUGCUUGACAAAUCUUGCACAUGCGGAUGUUCAUGCUGCAUUAGCUCUUCAACCAAGUGCCGAAGCAUUCUUUCUUGUGCAUGGGUCGGACUUGUCUUCGAUCACUGAAGCAAACAAAUUAAACGAGCAUGUAGAUGCUCAAAAGCUUCUUCACUUUGCAGAAGAACACCGUGUUGUGCUGAAUCAAAUUUUAAGACAGAAUGGGAGCGGAUUAACGGAUGGCCCCUUUGCAGUGCUAACCCAAAUGCCGAAAUUGUUGGACUUUGAUGUUAAGCGUAUCUACUUCCGUAAGCAGAUGCAGAAAAUUGAUGAACAUGUCAGGAGUGAAGAUGUAGCAGUACGUGUCCGUCGUAGUCACUUAUUUAGUGACAGUUUCCGGGAGUUAUUCAGACUACGUGGCCCGGAAUGGAAAGCAAGGUUUUAUAUUAUAUUCGAGGGUGAAGAAGGACAAGAUGCUGGUGGGCUAUUGCGGGAAUGGUUUUCAAUUAUCACACGUGAAAUUUUCAACCCUAAUUAUGCACUCUUCAUUACCUCUCCAGGAGACCGCGUAACAUAUAUGAUUAAUAAAACUUCAUAUAUCAACCCUGAACACUUGGAAUACUUCAAGUUUGUUGGGCGAAUAAUAGCAAAGGCGGUUUAUGAAAAUAAAUUGUUGGAGUGUUAUUUCACUCGUGCAUUCUACAAACAUAUCCUAAGUGUUCCUGUGAGAGCUCAGGAUUUAGAAUCUGAGGACCCUAGUUUUUACAAAUCAUUGGAAUUCCUGCUCAAUAAUCCAAUUGAGGACCUGGGCACGGAGCUUACAUUUAGUUUAGAGGUAGAGGAAUUUGGGGUUCAGAAAAUGCGUAUGCUAAUAGAAAAUGGGUCAUCUAUUCCAGUAACAGAUGAGAAUAAGGAAGAGUACGUAAAGCUCGUUUGUCAGAUGAAAAUGACUGGCUCCAUCAAUCAGCAGCUGAAAGCAUUUUUGGAUGGUUUUUAUGAGAUAAUUCCGAAAAAUCUGAUAUCAAUUUUUGAUGAGCAAGAAUUGGAGUUGUUGAUUAGUGGACUUCCAAAUGUCGAUAUUGAUGAUCUGUGCGCUAAUACAGAAUACAAAACAUACACAAAAUCUUCUUGUCAGAUACAAUGGUUUUGGAAAGCCCUAAGGUCUUUUGAACAGGAAGAUCGUGCAAAGUUUUUGCAGUUUGUUACUGGUACCAGCAAAGUUCCUCUGCAAGGUUUCGCGGCACUCGAAGGUAUGAAUGGCACUCAAAAAUUCUCGAUUCACUUGGAUUCACGUUCUCCUGAUCGACUGCCAACUGCUCACACAUGCUUCAAUCAGUUGGAUCUUCCGCAGUACGAUACAUACGAUAAACUUCGACAGAUGUUGUUAUUAGCCGUGCGAGAAUGCACUGAAGGAUUUGGUUUUGCUUGA